UCUUCUGCCCUCAGGGCAGGUACCGGGGGAGGCUCACAGCUUUGGGGAAAGGGCUAGAGGGGCCAAGGACCCUGGGAACGCGCAGACACAGCAGAGGCCGGCGCCUCAGGUGGCCUGAGUGGCCGGCGUCCAGGGGGGCCGCAGGGGUAGCCAAAAAAAAUGGGAAGCAGCGGGUCUGGCGUGCCGGGGCCCACGCUCUUCCUGCUGCUGGUGCUGCCGCCGCCGCUGCUGAGCGCGGGGAGCUUCCAGCACGACGGUCCAGGCUGGAAGGACCUCCAUCACCUCAGUCUGGACUGGGGGAACCUCUACCGCCACCUCAUCCAGGACGCGGGAACCUUCCACCACCUCCGCGGCCCCAGCACCUGGACCCGGAAGAGACGGGCAAAAGACGAGAACUCCUGCCAGAGCUCUUUUGACCUCUACUUCAUCUUGGACAUGUCAGGCAGUGUGAACAACAACUGGAUGGACGUUUACGCCUUUGUGGAAGAUUUGGUCAAGAAGUAUGACAACCCUAACCUGCGAAUAUCCUUCAUCACCUACUCCACUCUGGGCCACACCCUCAUGAAGCUCACCUCAGACAGAAAUGAAAUUCGUGAUGGUCUUAGCAGACUUCAGAAUAUAGUACCUAGUGGAGCCACACACAUGCAGGAAGGAUUUAAAAAGGCAAAUGAGCAGAUUCAACGAGCUAACUCAAGAGAAAGCAAGGUUCCCUCUAUGAUUAUCUCCUUGACCGAUGGAACCCUGGAGGAAGCGCCAUUUGAAAUGACUAAGGAAGAAGCUGACAAGGCCCGGAAAAUGGGAGCAACAGUAUACUGUGUGGGUGUAAAAGACUUUGAGGAAGACCAGUUAUUGGAAAUUGCAGACAGCCCGCAUCACGUCUUUGCAGUGGACCAAGGAUUCAAGGCUCUUAAAUACAUCAUUGAGCCACUCGGAACUAAGUCCUGUAUUGAAAUUACAGCUGUGGAGCCUUCCAGUGUCUGUACAGGAGAUGAAAAUGAAUUGAUGAUUUCUGGAAAAGGAUUUAAUAAUGCAAAGAAGAAGGAUGAAGUUAUUUGUAGAUUUAAGUUCAGUGACAAGCAGUUGUUUGAUAUAAAAGCCGAGUCUGUGAAAGAUACCAGUAUAACAUGCCCAGGAGUAAAGAUAGAGAAGCCAGAUCAGGAGGUCUUUGUUGAAGUUAGCCUGAACAAUGGUGUCAGCUUCAUCAACAACAAUGUUAGCAUCACCAGCAAGAACUGUGCGAGUACCAGGGAAGCGAGACUAGAUGACAGGAAUGCCCCACCAGCUGCCCAACAGCCUCCCGAGGAGCCUCGCUCAUCACCACCCCCACAGUUCACCCCCUAUGUCAACCCUCUCUACUUCUGUGCCCUCAUCCCAGCCCUGCUCCUGUUCCUCCUGAUGCUCUGGUGCAUCUGGUGGCUGUGCCGCAGGAAGACCAUCAAGGAGCCACCACCAGUGCAGAAACCAGAAAGGGUAAGAGGUGUGUUUGGUCCUGAUGAUGUCAGCAUGCCUGAUGUACACACUCACCUGAACAGAGAGGCCCCCUGCUGUGUAUGGGGAUAUGACUUCCCCCGCCCCUCCAGCUCCCACCUACCUGGGCAGAAAAGCUGGCAGAAAGAAGAGAGUGACAGAGGGCAGGAAGGGAUGCAGAUGAAGAAAAAUGGGCUUUUUGUCAAUUCCCAAAGGACUGUUAGUAGGAUGGUCCUUCCCAGGACUCAGAAGCUGCCAGACAAGGAUGCAGACAGUGUUUUCUCUUCCUCGGAGCCAGAGGAGACAUGUCAAAUGUCAUGCCCCACAGUGAUUGUCCCUUGUGGGUGCCAAGGAGGCAGGAUGAAACGAAUGGAGGGAAAACUGGAUACCUUGUGUGACUUUGUCCAGCACUGCAACCAGAUGUCAUUGAUGUGGUGUCCGCCCAGGGACAUGGUAAGCAGGGCACAGGGAUGCUCCCCGUGGGCUGCGGUCUUGCUUUUGCCCUUGAUAGUUGCCCCUGGGACUGGGAAGUGCCUCAACUUCGCCCUCAUGAAGCCCCACUGUGGGCAAUUGCACUGCAGCCCUAAGGUCUGCCUUCAGCCCAGCCAGGAGUGCUUCUCCGUCAACAGCUGCUGCUCACGGUGCCAAUACCCCCCGCCCGUGUGCUCCAGGCUUCCCUCCAGGAUGCAGCCGCUCAUCUCUCCCCCUGCCCGGCCAUGCUGCGGAGCCACGUUGUCACUCCAGCCCCCGUAGCCCAACCUCUAAAGCACCAAGAACCCAAGAUUGUUAAGAGCCCUUUGUUUGCUGAAUUAGACAUGUAUACUGAGACUUGGUUUACAGUCGAAAGGCGUUGGAAUUUGUUGCUGAUCAGAGUUUGUUACCUGGUGAGACGUAUGUAUACUGCUCCUGCCAGGACAAAGCACCCCGGCAUCCUGUGGGUGUAGACAUGAUGAGUCCCACUCCCCAAAGCCCUGGUCACCAAGGGCUGGGACGCGUGGAGUUUUAGUCAAAUUCUGCUCUUUGAACAAAGCCCAAAACGUCUUUGAAACAUGAAUAGUAUCCUGUGUCUCCUUCCCUAAUCUGACGCAGAGAGAAGUACUUGAAUUUCUCACCUCCUUCACUCCGUGCUCCUGGUUUCCAUUUUUUGGCUACCUCCAUUGCGAACGUGUCUCAGAAAGAGACGACGCCCUCUACAGUUCACCAGCCGGAAGUGCAUCUUCCAGAAAUGCAUCUUCUCUUUCCAGGUAAACCAACCGGUCCCUAGGCCCAGGGGAAUUUUAGAGGAGUCUCUCCAUUUCCAUAAAGUUCCACCUCCCCUAUUUGCCAUCUGCCACCAUAGAAGAAACCGUGCUUCCGACAGAGAUGUUUUAGCAUGCCGUGUCCUCCCCACCACCCAGGGCGUCUGUAUGAUACUCCAGCGCCAUGCAUACAGCCCACGGGAGCACUCAAGGAGGGGUCCCCCGGGGUGGGGGGCCUUGGGGCAAUAACCAGUUGUCCCUAAUCUGCAUUGAUAGUGAGUUGAACUACUCUCCACCCUCACUCCCAUCUCCUUGAAUGUUAUAUUUAUGCCUUUCAGUUGAAUUUCUAUAAGACAACUAGAGGUAAAAAUAUGUCAGGUUUGGGUUUUUCAUCUGUACUGAUUGAAGUGGAUGGAGAGUGAUGACCGUAACUUUCCCUACGUUCAAAAAAAGAAAAUGUACUCACGAUACCAAGGAAAGUGUGUGAAACUUUU